UAGAAUGAUUGCACAUUUGUGUGUUCCCAUUUUGUUUGUGACUGGUUCGCAGAAAAUGAGAAGAGGGAAAGCCCUGGGUUUUGGAUGAAUGAGUGCAUUCAAAGGUGUAGACAAACUUUGGCAGCCACCAAUGCAAUGGUAUCUUGAGACCCAGAGAAGAUGCAGUGGAAGUGAAGGAGGGAGGGCUCUGGGUGCCCUGAUGUAGGAGUGCCCUCUUGCAGCAGCUAUGUUACACUAUGCCUGGCAGCUCUACGGGAGGUGGUGCCGCUGGUCCAGUCCUUUCAUCCACCUUCUCACUCUGACUGUGGUGACGUUUGGUGUGCUGGCUCCUUUGAUUUGCCACCGACUCCUCUACUCUUAUUUUUAUUUGCGGCGCUGGCACUUGAAUCCCAUGAGCCAGGAGUUCUUGAGUCAGAACCAGCAGGAGGGUCAGGCUGCCCUCCAUUAUUUUGAGAAGCUGCAGAUACCGAAUAUCUCCAAGGCCUCCAACAGUGAAACCUUUCGGCCCUUGCUGCUGGUCACCAUUAUCACUGUGCAGAGGCGGGAUGAUUUCCACUAUGUCUUGCAGGUGGCGUCCCGUUUCCACCACCUCCUCCAGCAAUGUGGGACAAAUUGCCAGAGCCACCGUGUCCUCGUCUGUAACGUGGAGCCUGACCCAAGUCGUCAUCAGGAUGUCAAGCUGCUGAGCAGCUUCUUUCCUAUGGUCAGUCGUGACAAAACUGGGGAGGACCCUGACCCUAGAGUGAACCACUUUGAGAAGGAGAAGCAGGACUAUGUCUUCUGCCUUGAGCAGUCGCUCUUGGCAUAUAACCCAGAAUAUGUCCUGGUAGUGGAAGAUGAUGCUGUGCCAGAGGAAGAGAUAUUCCCUGUCUUGCAGCACCUCUUCUUAGCCCGAUUCUCGAAACCAUACCUCAGAGAUGCACUCUACUUCAAACUUUACCAUCCUGAGAGGCUUCAGCAGUAUGUCAAUCCUGAGCCCAUGCGAAUCCUCGAGUGGCUGGGUUUGGGAAUGUUUCUGGGGCCUGUGCUGAACUGUGUGUACUCUUGGGCAGCUGGGCGCCCGAGCCUGAAUUGGCCCAUCAUCUUGUUCUUUGCUGCCUACAGCAUGGCACUGUCAGAGCUGGUGGGACGGCAUUACUUGCUGGAGCUGCGCCGGCUGGCCCCUGUGCUGUAUAACGUUGUGCCGGUCACAGAGUGCUGCACACCUGCCAUGCUGUUCUCUGCUUCUUCUGCCCGUCGUGCCUUAGGUUACUUGAAGGGGCUGCAGUGUCGCCAGGGUUUUGCUAAGGACAUUGCCCUCUACUCACUGCUGCGCACGAAGGGGGAGAAUGCCUACGUGGUGGAACCCAACCUGGUCCGGCAUGUGGGAAUGUAUUCCAGCCUUUGGCUAAACGACAACCCGAAACUGCUGUGAUGUCUUCAUGCCUUUCUAGAUACAAAGCCUUGAAAACCUUGUCACUGAGCUGAGACACUGCAAUCUCAAAUGCUGAACACCCUGCCACUCACACCAAACAUCUACUGCCUCCAAGUGGACAGAGAACAACUCUUGAAAAACAAGUUUCUCAAGAAAUGAAGCUUAUGUACAUGCAGACCCUAACAUAUAUUUUGAACUAAUCACUAUACAGCAUGUAUGGCUUGGACUAGAUGAUCUUAGUGGUCUUUCCAAUCUUAAUGAUUCUAUCAUGCUAUAUGAGGGGGAAGUGGAGGCUUUCAGAUUAGGGUGUGGGUCAGGUCAUCUACUCUCCUUCACCAUGAUCAAUGAAAAGAUCUCACACCAUCACGAAUAGCUGUACUGCCUACUCUCCUUUGCAUUCAUUACAGAAUUCUCAGCCUAGGGAAGAAGUAAUGCUGGACAAAGUGAAUGUGUCUAAUUUAAGCUAGUGAGGAGAAAGGGCUCUUAUUUGCCCAUUCUCACUAAGGUCUGAUGUCUGAUCUUUCUAUUUCAAAGUUGUGGUUCUGAGCACAUCUUUCAAAAGCAGCAUAGAUAUAAUGAGAACUUUCCCUGAAAAAUCAUGUAGGUUCUGGAAAUUUUACUAAGAAUUUCAGUAUUUCUUACUAUCUCUCCUUACAGAUCCUGUCUAUACCUAUACCCUUUCCUGUCCUUUUCCUCAGAGCAGAGGUCAUUGGAAACUUGUUUCUGCUGCUUUGUUAAAGGUCAGCUCAGAAGGUAGGAAUAGGAAAGCAGAAUAACAGCCACUGGUGCUACACAGCCACAUCACAAAUGCACAAUUUCAUAGAUACAUUUCCAGAAAUUAUUAACAAUACAUAAUUACUACCAUGUUGGUUGGUAUCACCACUAGUUAUAGAGGAUCUAGGUUGUUAAGAGCCUGUUGCUGAUUGGACUUAGACAUUCAACAGGAAUUUACCUUGAUUUCCUAUCAGCACAGAAGCAAAGGAAAGAUUACAUCAGGUGCUGCCACAGUGUGGGAUCCUUAUUUCGUUUUGGAACUGUAAUUUACAGCUCUAUCAAAGUGGCUCACUCACUGCUCCUGGCAGCAGGCAAAGUGGCCCUAAGAAACUAAGCUAGCUGUUCAUAUAAAGAAGCAACACAUCAAAGUGCCACUCCUCUGCUGAUCCAUUAACUUAACUUGUACUGUUUGUCAGGCAUUUGGGAUAGGUACUUUGUACUUUAGCUGUGAGCACAGUUAAAUAUAAAACCAUGGGGAUAACAGAGAUACCAUAUAAUAUCAAGACUGUAACCAAAACAUAACUGAAAAAAAGCCCUCUUGGACUUCAGUGGGCUUUGAAUCAAGUUCACUUUUAGGUGGAGUUUGCUUAAGCAAUACUUGAAACCAGUUUCCUAAUUUCAGAAUUAACCAAGCACAGCAUUUUCACUGAGUUUUGGUUGGGGAGGGUUAUUUAUUCCUUUAUUCUUGCCAAAGGAAGAACUCUACUUUGAAUUUUUCUUUUCUCAGUCUCUACCAGGUGAUUUAAGCCUUCAGCUUUUAACAAGUUUGGUUGUAGGUGGAAAAGGCAUAAAAAUCCUGAGAGGUGAAUCAUUUGCAGACCUCCAGCUGUGUUGCAUCCAUAGUGGGUACUGAACACAUGAUACACGUGCUCAACAUAGGUUAGCCAAUUAGAAAUGGCUUCACAGCUUGGGGCAGUGCAGGCUCAGACAGAUGAACUUUGCUUGCUUAGUAGAUCAUCUAGGACACUUUGAUAUCUUUUUUGGAAAUCAGAUGUGAAUAAAGCUUGCUUGUGGAUUCCAUGUCAUUCCAAAGGCCAAACGCCUCUUCUGCUGGAAGACACAGAAAAGAUUGCACAGGCAGGACUCUUAAGUUCAUUCUUAACUGCUGAAAACCCCAAAGAUAUCAAAAUGGUCACACAGAACCACAGUGGGAGGUGGGCAAGCCUAUUCUUGGGCUUUAUGAUAACAAGGUAAGAUGGCAGGAUGUGAGUGUCACUUUCUAUUUAUUCCACUAAGUGCCUGCACCUGCAAGUACAACUUGUUUGCUUAUGCUUCUUCAGCUAUGAAUGUUUCAGUGUGGUAUGCUUUCUCCUCACUCUUUUUUUUCAGCUUUGUACUGUACAAAUCCAGAACAACAUCCUGUUAUUUUCAUGAGGAUCCACUCAUUCUUGCAAAGAAGAUCUCACUGUAAGGUACAAUUUGGAUAUUAGGAAAAUUUUUUUUUCCAAAAGAGCGAUCAGGUGCUGGAACAAGCAGCCAAGUGUUGGUCAAGUCACUGUCCCUGUAGGUGUUCAAGAAACAUUUAGAUGUUGUAUUGAGGGAUGUGGUUUAGUGGGAAAUAUUGGUGAUAGGUUGAUAAAUCCCGGAGGUCUUUUCCAACCUUCAGGAUACUAUGAUUCUAUAAUUCUAUAAUAAGUGGGAUAGAUAAAGAAAAGAUGAAAGAAGGAAAAGGAAUUAAGAAACUCUAGGUAAGAAUGCAAUCAAAUAUAUGGAGUCAAUAAAUGUUUUGAUGUGGGAAAUUAUGUAUCAGUUUGUUAUUUUCCUUUUAUUCUGCCCUGUAUUAUUCAGUCUGUUGUUCUAGUAGUCAGUAAUUUGACUAAGCUUCUUAUCUGAAAACUGAGAACAUGAACUCCAGGCAUCCCUCUAAAACCAGAAAGCCAUUUACAGAAACAACAGCCAAAAGAGUUUGGCUGGGAGAAAACAGCAAACAGCAUUUGGAGGGGCAACAACUCCAACCCGCCAGUGAAAGAGUUCCUGAUAAGCCACUUAAGUGCCCUAUUCACCUUUACAAUGGAAGUGGUUCUUUCACUGAGCCAGCUGGGAGCUAUUGCCGAGUUAUUCAGGUGCCCAUCGCGAUGUUGUGACAUCACAGACAAGCAUAUAUUCUGUGCUUUGGAACUUUGAAAAGGACUUUUUUUUUUUUUUCCUUGCUACAAUAUUGUAAAAGAAAUAGAUAAUUUGGAGAACCAUACUUCAUCUUUGGAGGAAAAAAAAAAGGAGGUUACAGUUACUUCAAAAUUCCUGCAGGAUUUUAUUCCACAGUUUGGACUACAAGUGCAUUUUCAAAUAUUGAAAUCUUUUACUUCUCUUCUGCAUAAGGAGAAUGCAGCUGAGUUGUCGUAUUUUAGGCUAUGUAAGAUCAAGCAUCAUCUCCUUGAAACACAGCCUUGAGGUUCUGACUCACAUUCAAAAAAUCAGACCAACCAUUUUUGAAAUAAUAAGGGUUUUGUUGGAUAUCGGUUCAUUCUCAGUAGUUCAGGACUAUUUUUCAGUGCAGCAAUUAUUGCUUGCACUGGAGGAUUCCUGCUUCACGGGACAGACAGCAGGACUCAAAAUUCAGCGAAAAUUAUUCAAUUAAAGAAAAAACUACCUCUGUUUUUCCAAAGCAUAUCCAACAUAAGUAGAUAAGCACGAUUCCUGCAAAAAACAAAUCAUAAAUAGAUAGGACACUUAUUAGAAUAGAAGCUCAAGAGGUUUUUCUAACCACAACAGGUAUCACUAUCUUAGUGAGAAAGUAUUGCAUUUGAAGAGAGAAGGCGAAAGAUUUUCUCAGUUGUGAUGAGCUGCAAAUGGCCAGACUGGUUAUUUCAACAGCAAUUUGUCUGCACACAGGGUGCUUCUGUUUAAAAUAUAGGAUUUUCCUUUUUUUUAUUUUUAUUUUUAAGAUAUUUACAAGCAAACUUUCUUAAAAAUAAAUAAACAAAUAAACAGCAUUUGUAUAAAAAUCGUUGUCUCUUUUGUCUUUAUGUCACUAUUAGUUAGUUUUCCUGACUGGCAGAUCCAUCUCCUUCAUUACUAAACUUGACUGAAGAUACUUCUCUGAUCACUUUUUUCAUCUGCAUGAACUUACUACUUGCCACUAAAUCCUCGGAUAGUACAGGUUUAGAAAGGGACUCUGAAGGUCUCCACACCAGCUUUAUAGAUGUUAUAUCCAAAUUCACCAGAUGUUAGAGUCAAACAUAUGGUUCUGAAUAAUUUUCAGUAUAUCUGCCAAUAGUGCGUAUAGAAUUGUGCGUAUGUUGGAUGUGCUUCUUCAUGUGUCUCAGUUGCUACAAUACCUUAAUUUCCACACACCACCUUCUGCCCUGGCAGGUCAUGCUUUGAGAGAAUUCUCCUGACUGGCCAGUUUAUCUGUGCACCUACAGGCAAAGAGACAGCAAAACCAGUCCAUUUCCAAGACUUCGUCCUGUGUGGCAAGCUAUAAAUGCCACAUUCCCAGCUGCGUAACUACUCCCGAUUUUCAGUGUUGAUGAAGAAAAAUAAUGUUGUAUUAUCUUGCACUGUUGGUGACUCUCUGGCCAAGUAUGAAUUCUUCAGUGUCUAUUUGCUUUUACAGUUUCUGCCAUAAUGUGCAGUGUUCUUCCUGCACAAUAGAAACCAGCAUUACAAUGGUAUUUUCAGUAAAUGAGACCACUUCAGACAUCUGCUGUAGUUUGUAUUUUGAAAACUAAAUGCUAACAUUAGCAUGCAGCACCUAAAUGUGCUAUUUUGUAACUGCACUGCUUAGAUAAAGUGGCAAUUAACAGAUAAGUGUUCCAUUCUAGCAGCGAGUUAUUUACUUAACUUUCUUUUUAAAAGCAAAAUGUCAGCAGAAAGGCACAGAAACCAGUGUCAUUACUGCAUUUAUCUUCCUGUCCCACACAACACAAGCAGAAGACCUGUAACAGGUAUUUUGCACAGCCCAGAAAUGUCACCACUGGCAGUCUGAUUUGAAGUUGUAUCCCCAUUUGCUGUCCCCAGAAUAGAAAUGACUGUGAACAUUCGGGCUUUGAUAACAGCCUAGAUAUGCACCUGUCUAUACUUCACUCUGAGCCAUGAUGUUUGUUGCAGCUCAGCUUUAAGCCAGAAGACAGAAGAGUAAACAGGUCCCCCUGGCCUGAAUGAGGUCCUGCACCAGCCCUGCCCAUCACCCUCCACAUACAACGUGCCUGCAAACACAGAUGAGUACUGUGGAACUUGAAAUACAGCCAGGCUUUCCAUGCAUUUUGAAGUACUUCAUCCAGCAACAGUCUUCACUCAAAACAUCAGUGCGGAACUGACAGAGCCUCUGCAAGCAAGGAUAUUACAAGCAUAUUGCAAGGACAGCUAUUAGAUUGACUUCUGCUGUAGAAAUCCACUACUUGCAAAUGAUACAUUUGGCACUGUCAAAAGCAAAACCACAAAAUAAAACAUUGAUAAUAGCUUAAGCCUUAA